CCCACGCCCAACCCAACCCAACUCUCGAUCAACAUUCGUUUCUGAUACCAAAAUUACAAGUACUAACUACAAUGGCCAGCGGCAAACCGAAGGCACUGCCGCAUUUGAAUGCCAGCAUGAGGCCGCACGUGUCCCGGCCCUCCCUGGUGCGCAGCUCCUCGCCCAAGCAGGAGCCGGACAAGCGGAACGGGCUCGAUGGGGACUCAAUCGAGGAGUCUUUGGCUGCUGCUGCGGCUGCUACAGGGGCAGGCAAGCGAGUGCGUUGGAAUCUGCCGUACGAUACGACGACGCAAAGUGGCAAGGGAGCGCAUAGCAAGAGUAAGUUGAGCCCAAAGUGUUCCUUCAUCACACCAUCGAGCACAAAAGAAAUGCAAUUCGAUCCGGAUACCCCCAAGGAGGUGCAGGUGGCCCACGAACUGCGGCUGGCGGUGCAUCGCGGUGGCGGCUCCACUGAUCCCGCGCAGAACUACACGCUGAAGGCCAAGCUGUCGCCGCUGCAGCUGCCCUACAGCCGCAUCCAGCGGAUACUCAAGGAGUGCGAGCUCUACGAACGGAAUCAGACCACCUUCAUCGUGCCCAUGGACUACAAUGUGAGGGAGGUGGCUCUCGUCUGCAAGGCUCGGACGCAGAAUCUCGCCGAGCUGAAGCAGCGGCUGGCCCCCAUGCUGACGCGCCACAAGGCGCGUUUCUACAAUCGCAAUCUGUUCACCGAAACGGGCCUCAUCGAGGCCAUGGUGCCACGCAAGACGCGCCUCAAUUUCUCGGACUUCAACCAAACCGUCCAGACGGAUGCCCUUUGGUGCAAGGCCACUGCCGGCACUAUAACCGACUAUGAAAAUGGCUCCGUGGUCUUCAAGUGUCCGUCCGCCAAUGUGGCCGAUGUGGCGGCCAAACUGAAGCAAUGCGGCUACAAUAUCCAGCACACGGAAAUCGGCCAUUGCCCCAAGGAGCCUCUGGUUACGCUCUCCCCGCGCCACCACAAACGCUACGUGGAGUUCGUGAAGGAACUCAAGCUGGAUGGCGACAUAUUCAAGGUGUAUGACAAUGUGUGUAUGGAGCAGUGAUUCUCACUGUCAUCUCGUCAGUUAUUGAGCAGUUUUUGAUGCAUUAAAAUUUAAGCAGUUUAAUGGAGUAAAGCAAAAAGUAGGCAGGCCAGUGGUAAUCCUCCUUUACC